AUGCCUCUAUCUUCAACCCCGAAGAGCCUCCUCACCACCUGUGUCCUCACCACCUUGGUUUUCAGCUCUGUAGGGCAACUCUUACAAUUUUUUGAGGAGAAAGGCUGUUCUUCAAGUUCGUGUGUCCCACUGGUCUUGUCAGCAUCACUGGGGGAUAAUCAAACAUUUGGGUACAAGCGCCAGUGCUGCCAAGAUGAGCUGUGUAACCGAGGGGAAUUACAAGUGCCUCAGAAAUUCCCAAACCCCAAUGGCAUUAAAUGUCCUGCAUGCUACAAUGAGGAUGACAUUUCCUGUGAACCAGUUUUACUCACCUGUACUGGUGCAGAGACAAAAUGUCUCACCGUUAUUGGCCAAGCCCAGUGUGUUAAACCUUGGAGCAACCACGAGAUCAGGAGUUUCCUACAAGAAUGGGAACUCCUUGAAGGUGAAGAGUUAAAGAAGAAUUAUCACGUAGCAUCAAGAAUAAUUGCCAGGCAUCUCAAGCAAAGGGGCAUAAAUAAGAGCAGGAGAAAAUGUCUCCAGAUGCUAAUAAACAUGCAGGACUUAUAUUGGACCGUUCAUGAAGCCAACCAGAGACCAAGGAGUGAACCCUUGCCAUGUCCUUAUGGAGAGGCCCUUCACAGGAUCCUAGAACACAGAGGGGAGAACAAGGACUUCUCAGGUCCUCCCUGUGCAAAAGUGGCUGAUGUCCCACCACCUGAGUACCAGCCCCCUGCGUGUGCCAUCCCUGAUUGCUUUGAGGAGCUGCUGUGGGCUCCCCCACAUAUGAUCUACAUAGAGGAUCCUCAGGUACCCAGAUGGGAGCCCUGGAACAUGAACCUUCCACAGUCAAGUCUGUGCCUGUUUCCUGCAUUUCUCUCCCUACACCCUGGCCCCCAGCAACAGUGGUCAACUCUCUCUGACAAUGAGUCAGAGUGA